AAACUAAUAUUUUUAUUAUUUUAUUUUGUAGCAUGGAUAGGGGCUCGUCAUGUUGUGACGUUCAUGUUAUUCUUGGGAAUGGCCAAUGCCUAUAUAAUGAGAACCAACAUGUCUGUAGCUAUUGUGGCUAUGGUGAAUCAAACGGCGCUGGAAAGGGAUCCAACCAUUCCAGAUGACGAAUGUGAAGGAUAUUAUACUCCACCCGCUAACUCUACUAUAAGUAAUGUAUCUAAUGAAGGAUCAUUUGCAUGGAGUACGUCCCAACAGGGUUACGUGCUCAGUUCCUUCUUUUAUGGUUAUGUCAUAACGCAGAUACCAUUCGGUAUAUUGUCAAAGAAAUAUGGCGCCAAAUAUUUUCUGGGAAUCGGUAUGCUCAUUAAUUCAGUAUUCGGAUUUUUGGUUCCGUUGUCUGCCCACUUUGGCAUUUUCUCGUUGAUCACUAUACGGUUCAUUCAGGGACUAGGAGAAGGUCCCAUCGUUCCAUGUACGCACGCUUUGCUCGCCAAAUGGAUCCCGCCGAACGAGAGGAGUAGAAUGGGUGCAUUUGUUUACGCAGGUUAGUAGUUUAUGUAAUAUU